AUGGCUGCUAACGACGAACUGACGAAGCGCGUGCUGUGGAAACUUGACUUACACGUCUUACCUCCCUUGUCUCUGCUAUGGCUUGCCAACUUCAUUGACCGCAGUAACAUCGGGAACGCCAGGAUCGCGGGGCUCGAAGCGGACACACAUCUCAAGGACACCCAGUUCAAUGUCGUCCUCGCAGCUUAUUUCAUGGUCCUUACGCCCAGCAGUUAUAUCGUCGUCGAGCUGCCCUCGAAUUGGGUCAUGAAGAAAUUCAAAGCUAACCGAUGGCUACCCUUCCUUGUCGCCUCGUGGGGUGUUGUGACGGUCCUCACUGGUCUCGCGCAGAACUAUGGUGGUCUCAUCGCGAUACGCUUGGCAAUUGGAUUUUGCGAAGGAGGAAUCCUGCCUGGAAUGGUCCUGUACUUGAGCACCCUCUACAAGCGACAUGAACUACAAUUGCGCGUCGGUAUCUUCUACUCCUUUGCCGCAAUAGCUGGCGCAUUCGGAGGCUUGCUCGCCACCGCGAUCAUGAAGAUGGACGGCAUCGGUGGGCUGGCUGGGUGGCGCUGGAUCUUCAUUCUUGAGGGCAUAGUCACUAUCCUCUUUGCUUUGGGCGCGGCCUGCAUCCUUCCUGCCGACUUGCAAUCGGCCAAAUUCUUUACCGACGAAGAACGAGCGCAUGCUUUGCGACGUAUGAAAGCUGAUGGGCCGCCUUCGCCUGAACUUACUCGGCCAGAUCCCUCACAGAUAUCUAGCUCAACCGACGACGCAGAGAAGGCUGAGGUUGAGGUAGCCGUUCGCCCCGUGAUGAAACAUGUCGUAGACGAGGAAGAGGAGCGCUUUGAAUGGCGAGAGGUGAUCAGAGCUUUCGCAUAUUUCGGCUUCAACACCGUGCUGUACAGCUAUUCUUUAUUCCUGCCUACUAUCAUCGCAGGUCUCGGCUACUCUGGAGCAGCUGCGCAACUGCACACAGGCGAGAUACAUUCACUUAUAUCCAUCCGGGCCUUGUAUACUGUCGAUCUUGCCCAACAAUACAAGCGGACAUUACAAGAAGGCGACGACUACAGCGAUGCAACUAGCCAUCGCCAACGCAGCGUGAGCUACUUCGUCUCUCAUCUCUUCACGCAGUCGACUUACGGGCGACAGCGGAUUCCUGGCAACGUUCACCAAAAACCCAAGUAUGUAAAGGGUCACACCAUCGCCCUGACCUUCGUUGCCCUCGCAUGGGUGCUCAUCGCUGUCAAUGUAUGCUACUGCCUAUGGGAGAACAAGGCUCGGAGGGAAGGGCGGCGUCAGAGAAAUAUUCAAGACUACAUUGACCUGGUGGCAGCGGGCAAGACACGCGCACCGAUCGGCGACCGUCAUCCAGACUUCCGUUUUACGCUUUGA